AUGCCGCGGAACUCGUUCGCGGAGGCGGAGCCUCCUCCCGCAUCAUCUGCAGCGUCUCUCGCGUGUUGCACGGCUCUUUUUUUCUCGCAGAAGUCGUUCCUAGCGACCUGUCCAGACGCCGUCUACACCGUCUGUCGCACGGUCUCCAGGCGCGCGCAGAUUUUUCAACUUCCGCAGCAUAUCUCGCGGCUCUUUUCCUCGCUUCUGAGCCACCCUGCGACGCAAAACCUCCUCGCUGCCUGCGACGGCGAAACACGAAGCGCGCGAGGCCGCGCGGACUGCCGCCAGAAGGCCGAGGGCCGUGAGCCGAACACGCCCGCGGAAGACGGAGACACGCAGGCGAGAGAGAGACUCCAGCGCCUCCUUCCGCCUCGGAAAGCGAUUGACGCGGCAGUUCUCCGCAGCGUCCGCCAGCUCCUUCGCUGCGCCGCCACGCUUGACCCCCCUCCCGCCUCUCCACCCUCCUGUAGUGCGUCAAGUUCCUUGCGGGCCGCGCCGGCUCUUCUUUCUUCUUCCUCCUCGCCGUCUGCCUCGUCUCGACCCGCCCUGCGCCUGUCGAGCGACUGGCGCCUUUCGCUGCUCCUCACACUAUCGAGUAACGCUGCGCGGACUCCGUUUGCGGGAUUUCCAGAGAACGCAGUCGUGCGCCUCACUACGGCGCACGCAACUGGCGACACACAUCCGCGACACGGAGAGGGGAGCGGCGCCGACGCGCCGCGAAAGCGCGCGCGGGCGACAGAAGACACGCGACGCGAUAGAGAGGCCGUGGACGAGGCAGGCGGCGCAACGGAUCUCUGGACGCACGCAGGAGAGAGUGAGGCGUCCACGCCACCUGAGAAACGUUCCGGCAGCGUGGAGCCUGUCGGAUGCAUCGCUCGCGAUUCUCUCUCAGUCGCGGCUUCCGCGCUGGUGUAUUGGACUUCUCUUCCUCUCCCUGCCCGAGAAGAAGAGCGGCAGGGCUACCCCCACGGCUGCGCGACAGGCAGCUGUGCGUCCGCCCGCGAGCCGAAGAGCCCCGGCGAGGAGGCGGACAGGGCAGCAGAGGCUCCGGCGUCCUGCCUGGCGAGCGCACCAUUGUUUUCUUCCCCCUCCUCAGCCUCGCCGACUCUGCGUCUCUUCGCUUACGCUGAGCGCCUGCCGGCCGACGAGGCCGCUUCUUCGCCUCCGCAGUCUCUCGAGUCUCUCUCCUCGCGAGCGUCGCCAGCCUCCGCAGGUGCCGUGGCUGCGGCUGUGCCACACGCGGGGCGGAGUGUCGCAGCGGUGAAGACGACGAGCUGGGUGGCGGAGCGCGCGCGGCUGCUAGAGGAAGCGACGAAGAUCGAGGCGAAACUUGGGGAGCGCAUCGAGGAAGUCCUCCUCAUGAACGACGCCGGCGAGAUCCUUGAAGGCUUGAGCAGCAACUUUUUCGUCUUCAGCGACGCGCGGGCGACCCUCUUGACCGCAGACGCCGCGCGCUGCCUCCCCGGAACUGUGCGCGCGCUGGCGCUCGACGUCGCGCGGGAACGAGGCAACGUUGAGGAGACUGCGCCGGUCUGGGGGCGGCGCGACGCCGAACAGUGGACUUCUGCCUUCAUCUCCUCCAGCUCACGGCUUGUCUGCCCCCUGCGCAAGCUCGUCGUCUGCGGCAGACGGCGCGGAAAUGCGGCGGGCGUGUCCGGGCGGGCGCCUGGGCGGCCACAGCGCGACAGGGGGAAAGGAGAAGAAGGCGAGACGAGCGGCGAGGGCGAGCAGACUGCGGGGUGCGAGAGCGAGGAAGCGGACGCGGACAAGAGUCUCGAAGGCGAGCGGAAUGCGCUAAGCGUGUCUGAGGUCAUGGAGUUCGAUGCCGGCGAAGCCAGCUUCGCGGGUCAACUCGCCGCCGCAGUGCUAGCGCGCAUCGACGCAGCAGCUACGCCAGUCCUACGUGAGCGCGAAGAGGAAGAAGUGGAAGAAGAGUAA